CUUACAGACUAUGCUACUGAAAGGAUGUUAUAAUCUCAAGAAAUUGCCUUCAGAAAUGCAAAAUCUGAUCAACCUACGUCAUCUUGAUAUCAAAGGUGUAAGAUUAUAUGAAGGAAUGCCACUGGGAAUUAAAGACUUGACAAGUGUUCGAACAUUGUCUGAUUUUGUUGCUGGGAGAAGUGGUGAAGCUGGCAUAACAGCUUUGUUGAACUUAAAAUUUCUUCGAGGGGCACAUUGCAUUUCAAUGUUGCAGAAUGUGGCUAAUGCUUCAGAUGAUGUAAGGGAGCCCAUCUUAAUGGACAACGAGAGAAUAGAUUCUCUGGCGGUGGGAUGGGGAUUUCAAAAUACACCUGAUGAAAGUCGCGAUAGAGAUGUACUUGACAGGAUGCAACCUCAUGAAAAUCUGAAAAAGCUCACCAUGGUUCAUUAUGGUGGUACUGAAUUUCCAUUGUGGAUCGAUGAUCCUUUAUUUCAUAAUCUAGUGCGCCUAAAGUUGGAGGAUUGCAAGAAUUGCGUAACCUUGCCACAUCUUGGGCUUCUUUCCUCUCUCAGAAACUUGGUUAUUGAACGGUUUCCAAAUGUAAAAGUGGUUGAUCAUGAGUUUUAUGGCGAGGGUAACUUGAAUCCUUUUCCAGCUCUAGAGACUCUGCACUUAAAGAGCAUGCGCCAAUGGGAAUACUGGAAUGGUUAUGGGGUUGAAUUCCCACGUCUACUUGAGCUUUCCAUUAUUUGGUGUCCAAAACUGUUGGGACAAUUACCCAGCCAUUUGCCUUCAUUGCAAAAUCUAGUGAUUGAACAAUGUUUGCAGUUAGUGGUUUCAUUUCAAAGCCUUCCACUAAUCUCUCACUUACAAAUUGAAGAAUGUAGAAAGCUGGAAUUGGGUGGAGGCUUUAGCUCAGCAAACCUCAUGAAGGUUUAUGGAGAAUUAUUUUUAUUUCCACCAGAAGAGUUCAUGCAAGGCUUAAGAAAGUUAGAAAUGUUGACUAUUGGUCGUGAUGUUCGGGUUUAUCCAUUUCUCUCUUGUCCACGUGGUCCAUGUUGGGUGCUUUUUGAGGGCAUCAUUGAAAAUGAAGAGUUGUUGCAAAGGGGCAUUGCUGAUAGUGAAAUUGAAAUUUUGGAAUUUAGAAGGUGCAAAAGCCUUCAGAAACUACCCCCAUGGCUUCACAGCAUUAAGUCUCUGAGAGAGCUAUUGAUUGAAGGCUGUGCAAGACUUAUUUCUUUGCCAGAUGCAGUGAUUUAUAGCAGUUUGUGUCUUGAAGAGUUGAAAAUUGAGAGUUGUGAUUCUCUAAUUUCCAUUGGAAGACACCAGCUACCUCCAACUCUGAAAUGGCUACAGAUAAGCCGUUGCCAGAAAUUGCAGAGGCUGCUGGAUGAGGAUAUUAUUGGCCGUGACCCUAACUCGUCAAAUCUCCAGCAUUUGAAAAUUGAUGACUGUGGCUCUCUUACAUUCUUAGGCAAGUUACCUCCUUCCCUCAAGGAUCUGGUUAUCACCUCUUUUGGAUUUGACUCAGAAAUAAGUGCAAAGUUAGAGUCAAUAGCUGAAAGGUUCAACAGCACCACAUCUCUUGAGUCUAUUAAAAUUGGAUAUCUUCCUAAUCUUAAAUCUUUACCCGAGAACCUCCACAUGCUCACCAGUCUCCACAACAUUUGGAUAUACAACUGUCCAAGUCUUGUAUCUUUCCCGCAGGGAGGUUUGCCCACCUUGCGUCUGAAAAGCCUUACUGUUGAUGACUGCGAGAAACUCGAGGUCCUUCCUGACAACAUGCACAAUCUCACAUCUCUUCAGGAAUUGAUUGUAAAGAAUUGUCCAAGUCUUGUUUAUUUCCCUCAGGGAGGGUUGCCUAUUGCCCAUCUGAGAAAACUUAGAGUUGAAUUCUGUGAGAAACUCAAGACCCUUCCUCAUAACAUGCACAAUCUCACAUGUCUUGAAGAAUUGACUCUAAAAUAUUGCCCAAGCAUUGUCUCCUUUCCAGAAGAAGGUUUCCCCACCAACCUGACAUCAGUUUGUAUUCAUAAGGUUGAGAUCUGUAAGCCUCUUAAUUGGCAUUUGCACAGACUCACCUCUCUCAAGAAACUCAGUAUUACAGGCAAAUGUCAUCGUAUGGUGUCCUUUCCACAGGAUGAGAUAGAUAUGAAGUUGCCUGCUUCUCUUACCAACCUUACCAUUGAAGGAUUCCAAGACCUGAUAUACCUUUCUAACAAAGGUUUCCAAAGCCUCACAUCACUUGAAUAUCUGAGGAUCGAGAGAUGCCCUAAGCUUGCCUACUUUCCAAAGAAUGGUCUGCCUCCCUCUCUUCUGCAAUUGCAUAUCCACCACUGCCCUCUACUUCAGCAAAGGUGCCAGAAGGGUAAACGGAAAGAGAAGUCAGAAGACUCAGAACUAGCCCAGAUUCCUCUAGUCUUCCAGAUACCACCACUGAAGAGGAAGAAUGAGAAAAAUUAAAGCUUAACAUCUAGAGGUUGUUUGAUGAAGCUGCUAGCUUGCAGUAAAAUCAAUGACCUACACUAUCAGGGCAUUUUGGUGAAAUCAAAUACAGAUUGUUAUUUUCAUUUCUUGUUUUGAUUCCUGCAUGUCAAUAAGUCAGCAUCCAUUCAUUGUUGAUAAAAGCCCUCACACCUGUUAGAACUUUGCUAAACAGUAUGAAGAUCAAGAAAAUGCAUAUGUGCAAUUCUCUACCCUUUUCACGAAUGUCUUGUUCACAUAACACAGGACAUUUCCUCUGUAAUUUUCAGUGCCUAAUUUCUUGCAUAAUCUAGUCCUUCAAAUUCACGGGUUGUCCAUAUACUGUAUCCUAUUUUUUAUCAUAAAGAAUUGAGGAAUGUUGGUGACAGCACGGUCCAAAGCCUCAAAUCUCAUAAAUAUGCACCACGUUAGAUCCUAUUCUAGGAAGCAGCUACAGGCACGCUCUACUGAAACAAUGGCCUAAAGAGUGGAAAACGGGGUCCAAGUCCAAAGAAUGGCAGCACAAGACCCAGACCAAUGGAAGGACCAGCGAAGAUUAAUUUCAGAUGUCCAGUACACAGUUAAGAAGCUUUUGAUUCAUCUAUCUCAAGGGCCAACAAGCUCGAGGACUCACAAAGACUUAAAAAGGAGGAACUCAUUAUACCAGCAUCAUAAAGUCUCAUCAAGGUCUCCUUUAAUUGAUUAAAAACUAUGUAUCAACAAUCCUGGUGAAUUGUACGUUGCAGAAUUCUUGUAGAUUCUCCUGUCAUACUCUGUUUCAUCUCUGCCCAUGUGAUGUAUCUUUUCAAGACGAGAACAUAUUAAAGAGGAAAUGCUCUUUUAUUUUGUUCCUUAA